UGCUUCAAAGUUGCCCUCAUCGUUCAGAAAUUCAGACUAUUGUACUUGCCGAAAUUGAAAGAAAAAUCAAUUCCAAGUGUAAAAGUAGAAGAACAAAGUAUCUCAAGUUUGAGAGUGAAAAAGAAUCAUAUGACCACAUGAAAAACCAUGAGUCCAGUGAUGAGUCAGUUGAUGAAAGGUUUCCCAAACAUGAACAUCAGAGUUUAGGAGGAAAGGUAGAUGGUAAUGCUAUACAAAGAGGUUUGAUAGAUCUGACUGAUUUCCUACUCUUUGUGAGACAAAGUGUUGGUGAAGAUGAGUUAAAUGACAUUACGAGAGUUAAUGAUGGUGAUGUGGACGCUGCUACUAGAGUUGGUGGUGAUGAUGUCAAUGUUGCUACUAGAGUUGGUGAUGACGAUAUGGGUGCUACUAGUGGAGUUGGUGGUGAUGAUGUUAAUGCCAUUAACCAAAAUGAUCAGAGUGCUCUUGGGUUUCGCUUUGGAACAUUUCAAUAUAACAAUGCAAAUAUCAUUGCCAGGGGAACCUUUGAAGUUACUUGCAGUAUUCAGAACAACUUUGGUAUCGAUGCUACUCUUGGUGCUACUUGUAACAUUUCUUCUUUCAAGGGUGCUUCGAAUGUUAAUCACGAUGCUUCUUAUCUUGAAAGUGUUUUGAAUACUAAUUGCAAUGGCUCUUUUUCUGAGGGUAUUCUGGAUUCUACUCGUAAUUCUUCCUUUUCUCUAAGAGGCACUGGUCACUUAGUAUUCGGAAGCGUGGAUGCUUAUGGUCAUCUUAUUGUCUCUAAGCUGGAUGCUAGCAGUAAAGAUGCAAGUGCUAAACUAACAUUUAAGGAAACACUUUUAGUUGCCUAACGACUAGUUCUGGUUGAUCAUCAAAAUGGGGUCGGUCAGAGUAGAAUGAUUAUUUGCUUUCUGCUGUGGUGUCAUGCAGUCAAUGAUAUGCAGCCUUGGGUUUCUCAAGUCUUGCUAAUUUUACUUAUAAUUCCAUUAUCUGAAAGCAUCCUCAUAUAUUACUUAUCUAUAGCCCCUUUUUGUUUAUUGAUUCGUUGGAUCCAUAUGACGUGUGGUUUUGGAUGGAGAAAGACUUUUGUUUAUUAUUGAUAAAAUUGGCAAUUAGA